AUGGCGCCGACUACUAGGAGAGGCACUAAACUGGCAUACAAUAAGAAAGUAGAGCUUAUAGAUGGCGAAAAAGCAUGUAUGCUAUGUGGUCACAAGGAAACCUCUGAAAUAUUAUACGGCAAACUAUAUCAGCUGAAUGAUGUUAUCGUUCAUAAUUUUUGUUUGGUACUAUCACCAAGGGCCUUUAAAAAUGGUACAGACGAAGAGGGUAUUCAUGGAUUUUUAUCAAACGAUAUUAAAGAUGAACUAACCCGAGGAUCUAGAGAAACUUGUGUUUACUGCAAAAAAAAAGGUGCAACCAUAUCAUGUUUUGAUGUGAAUUGUCAAAAAGUGUUUCAUCUUCCUUGUGGAUUGAGCAAAGGAUCUAUGCAUCAAUAUUUUGGGACAUUUAAAUCGUUUUGCAAACAGCAUCGUAUCCUGCCAGUUAUACCUGCUCUAGCUACUAUAGAAUGUCGUAUAUGUAAUGAUUCUAUUAUACAAUCUACUUUGUCAAAUUCCAUUUGGGCACCGUGUUGCAAACCUAAUAAUUGCUUUCACCGAGAAUGUGUUCAAGAUCUGGUAUUACGAAAAGGCUACUUCAUAGAAUGCCCAAUAUGCAAAAAUAUUGAAAUAUUCAAAUACAGUAUCCUCACUCUUGGAAUAUACAUACCAUCAAGGUACUCGACUUUAAGAAGAGGAAUUGUACCGAACGGUAUUGAAGAGCUCGUAAAUAGGAAAAUUAAAUGUAAUGCUGAAAACUGUUUAUGUCCUUAUAGCAAUGGAGAGAAGUAUCAAGAUGAAUAG